AUGAAAAUCAAAUUAUCAAUUGAAGACUGCAUUGGAGCACCAGGAAUCAUUUCUGCAUUUGAUCGCGUUUGCACUUUGGCAUCAAAAGUAAACAGUCUUCCACCACAACCAAAGAAUGCCAAAGUUAUGUCUGCUGUCACUCGCUCAAAGAAAUACAUUUUGAAGCGCGAAGUAAUGAGAUUGUUCAAAGUUCUUUAUUCAACAGGCAACAAGAAUAUUACAUUAGAUUCAUUAAAUGAAAUCGAAGAUGCAACAUUAGCAGUUACAGUUGAAGGAGUGAAGAGAGUUCAAACAGAAGUUUUCCAUGAGGAAGAAGAAGUCAUUCAAGAAUCAAGAAAUCUCUAUUCAACAAACAGAACAACAUCAAGUCGUGCAAUUUCAUUCUCAGCACGUUCUACAACAACAUCUUCAACAUCUGCUUCCCCAGCAAGAUCACAAAUUUCAAGUGUUUCAUCAUCAACAUCGAUCACAAGAUCAGGAACUGCUGGAACAUCAUCGAAUUCAAAUGUUUUGAAUUCAUCUCAAUCUUCAUCAUUUAGAACAACAUCAACCUUGAAUAACAACAGCAACUCAAGUAACAAUCAAUCUGGAUCAUCAACAAGAGUCAUUACAUCAACAUCUUCACCACUUAAUUCAAACCAAUCUUCAACAAGAGUCAUUUCUUCAACAUCUUCUCCGAUUAGCUCUACUCAAUCUUCAACAAGAGUUAUUUCAUCGAAAUCUUCUCCACUCAACUCGAAUCAAUCAUCAGCAAGAGUGAUUACAUCAACAUCAUCUCCAGCAGGUGGAAGCCAAUCUUCAACAAGAGUUAUUACUUCAACAGCAUCAUCAACUUCCAAUCAAUCUCCAGCAAGAAUUACAACAACAUCAACAUCAUCAUCACAAGGAACAGGAUCACAAUCUUCAACCAGAAUCAUAACUUCAUCUCCACCAAAUUCAAAUCAAUCUUCGACAAGACUUGUAACAUCAACAACAUAUUCAUCAAAUACUUCUCAACCAGGAUCCUCUUCAAGAGUUAUUACAUCUACAUCAUCAUCUUCAACCAAUACAUCAAAUACAGAUCCACAAUCAGGUUCAACAAUUCAAAGAUUUACAACAUCAACAAAUUCAUUCAAACCAAUAACAGAUACAUCAAUAACCAAAGUUUACACGGCCACAACAACACCAUCAAAAGAACCAGAGCAAGGAGCAGCAAAGAAAGUCAUGAAGUUAAUUGAUCUUGAUAUGCUAUUUUAA